AUGCAGACUGGGCAGGCACAGUGCUCAGCAGAGGAGAGAGCUAAGCUGCAGCCCCAGAGGGAGCUGAGUGAGGGGAAAGCAGCAUCCCAGUGUAAUGUCAGCCUAAAGAAACAGAGGAACCGUGGCAUCCUCAGCUCCUUCUUCUGCUGCCUCCGUAACUAUAAUGUGGAGGCCCCGCCAGCCAGCAGCCCCAGUGUGCUUCCCCCGCUGGUGGAGGAGAACGGAGGGCUUCAGAAGGGCGACCAGAGGCAGGUCAUUCCCAUACCAAGUCCACCAGCUAAAUACCUCCUUCCCGAGGUGACGGUGCUUGACUAUGGAAAGAAAUGUGUGGUCAUUGAUUUAGAUGAAACAUUGGUGCACAGUUCAUUUAAGCCUAUUAGUAAUGCUGAUUUUAUUGUUCCGGUUGAAAUCGAUGGAACUAUACAUCAGGUGUAUGUGCUGAAGCGGCCACAUGUGGACGAGUUCCUCCAGAGGAUGGGACAGCUCUUUGAGUGUGUGCUCUUUACUGCCAGCUUGGCCAAGUACGCAGACCCUGUGGCUGACCUGCUAGACCGCUGGGGCGUGUUCCGGGCACGGCUCUUCAGAGAAUCGUGUGUUUUCCAUCGUGGGAACUACGUGAAAGACCUGAGUCGCCUUGGACGGGAGCUGAGCAAAGUGAUCAUCGUGGACAAUUCUCCUGCCUCGUACAUCUUCCACCCUGAGAAUGCAGUGCCUGUGCAGUCCUGGUUCGAUGACAUGACGGACACGGAGCUGCUGGACCUCAUCCCCUUCUUUGAGGGCCUGAGCCGGGAAGACGACGUGUACAGCAUGCUGCACAGACUCUGCAAUAGGUAGCCCCGGCCGUCUCCCCGCCUCCCACCUGUGCACUCUGGAGCCCCCCGCCGUGGGGACCACCGGCCUCGACUCCCUGGGAGCUGACAGUGACUCUGCACUCCAGGCCGCGGGGCAAAUGUGGCCAUACCUACCGGUUUCAUUUUUUAAGAACAGAAACAACUAUUUUAAAAUGAACUCUUUUAAUGAAUUUCUUAAAGGGACAUGCAUUUUACUGGAUUUGCUUUUCUUAAAACAUACCAAAAAGAAAAAAAAAAGCUUGGUAUCUAUCAGACUUCCUUUCAACUGUCCUCCCUUCCAAGCAGACAACCUGCCCUCUUUUACCGCAGCUCGGAGCAGCUGACCCAACUCAGAAUCUCUUUCCUACAGGAUGAAGUGCCUUUUUGAAUGUUAUUUUAAGCUGAGAAUUAAUUUUUCUACACAACGUAUUUCCAGUCUUUUAUUGUCUCAGAUUCUCUAAGAAGAUAAAUAUGACAAUUUUCUAGAACCUGGGGGGAGGGGGUGGCGAGGGAUGGGAGUGAGUCCUAGGAGCCUGUCUCCCAGCAGGUGUGACUGCUCUGACAACCUGUGGCAUGCCGCAGGGUCGGGGUCCGGAUGGAGUUUAUGUGACCGUGCCCAUCUCCAUUCAUUUCUGACCCAGUUUGGGAUGUAUUUGCAAUUGUGUGGCUCCAUUAGGAAACAAUAGCUUCUUUCACAUUAUGGUUUCUGAUGGUGACAAAUUGGUCUUGAGGUCACAUUUUUCCCUUGAAAAGUGGCAUUAUGUGACUUCUUCUUUCACACUACUUCCAUACUUCUGUGUUUUUUUGUUUUGUUUUGUUGUUGUUUUGGGUAGAGCAAUUACAAGAAACUCAAACCCUUGGAUUUUUAAAAACAAAAAAAAAAUCAGUUUAUUGAUUUUUAAAUCUUUCCUUUCCAAAAGCUGGAUACACGUGGAGCUGUUUGGGGAUUUUCUUUGCUGCUACUGCGCUGCCACCAAAUGGAAUUGACCAGCGGCUGUUACACUGUUCUUUGCCACUGUGCCUAUGCUCAGAAUCUGCUCACUGCUAAGCUGCACACUCGGAUGGGGUUAGAAUCAUAGGUGUCCCCCUCACCCAUGGCAGACUUACCAACUGUACCCCUUCCCUGGCACUGGCCAUGGGAGCACAGAAGGGUACAAAGACAAAAGGGCCAGCGCGCCACGCAAGUGUGGUGCUCAUUUUAAAAUUGCAGUCAACAUCAGACCCUGUGAUAAGCUGACUGUUCUCUCCUGAGGACCCGUGACCUCCACCAACCACCACGCCAGUGUGGCCCAAGUCCAUCUCUUGGUCUUCUUUUUUGAAGCACAGCCUCGUUCUGAGCCAAGCGGUGGGGAGCCUGUCUAGAUUGGGACUCGUUGUCCUGAGCCCGGGAGAGGAAGGCUUCCUCCCCGAGGCGGGGGUCCCUGUGCAGUCUUUCCCAGUGAGAUGUUUUUAAGCAGUGCCAUGUUCCUUGUUUGACAACAAGUAUAAAGUAUUGCUCUUAAAAAUAAUGAAAAAGAACCCUUUUGUGUUGGCACCAUUGCCUUAGUCCUCUGUGGGUUGGGCCUCUGCCAGAGUUCUGAUGGGAGCGACUGGCACUAACAAAACUGGAAAUGGAGGGUCCAAGUAAAAUUUCUUUUUUUGCUUCUAUUCACAAAAUAAUGACGUUAGCUGCCAAUCAAGUCCUCCCAACAGCACUUUGGUCUGUGGACUGCCCUGCAUUCGGAAAAGAAGUAAGUAUUCAGGGGUAACCCGGUCUCCCAGCAUUCUGCGUGUUCCAAACCCCAUAAUCCACAUGCCAAUUCAAAAAGAAACAGCCCCUUGCUCGGCAUUACCAACGAUAAUAACAGUUACAUGGCAGAUCUCUACAUGCCAUAAACCGUGAAUUGGGAAACGAGUCAUUAAAUGAACCCGCUGCCUUAAAUGUCUUGAAUGUCUCAGUCCAGUGUCUGUCGUGUCGAAAUCCAUGGAGAGCUUGGUCCUGAUGAGAGCCUUUAGACCCUUACCCAUGCUCCCCCUUGUUGGCAUCACAAGGUCUAGUUCAGCAUUGUGGGGAAGGGGGGGCUGAAAGGACUGAAAUUCUAGACCAUUUCAGGGGACUCGAACCUAGGAAGAGUGACAGAUGGAGUGAAGACGCUUGGCAGGCUUGAGCCAGACACUUCCCCUAGUCGUUCCCGACACCGUGCGUGCCAUGCGCUGACCCAGUGCAGAGCUUGUGAGGAUGGGGCCCGGUUCCUGCCACCACAGACACAGAGCUCUCAGGAGGGCCAGUCAGCCCUCUGAGGGUCCUGGGUUCUGUGCACCUUAUUUGACCAUACUCCAAAAUUCCACUUUUAUUUUAACCCUUGAUUCUGCUUUAUGUACAUAAUAAAAAUAUCUAUAUCUAUAUAUAUAUAUAUUUUUAAUCAUCUACAUGUAAAUGAAGCAAUAGAAUUCUAACAUAAGGCCAAGAAAUGAAAUGAAUGUUUGGGGUUUAUAUUUUUAAGGUAAAUACGGGUAUUGUUUUAAUUAUUACCUUUUAUUAAAUUGUGGGCUUUAAAAACCUAAUUGAAACCUAUGAGCUAUUUCUCUGUGCCAUAUACUUCCCAUGUUACCAAAACAUCCCUGACACUUUAGCCAAAAGACAAAUCUGACGUCCUGAGUUCUCAUGGUCCUUUCUGUACCAGGUUAAAAUAUAGUCUUCUAAACAAAUAUUUUUUACAUGAAGAUCUGGGACAGGAUACCUUGGGUCAUGGACUCCGGCCCCUGUGAUGCUGUGACAUCUCUGGCCGGGCCUCUAGUGGAGGUGCCCAGACACGUCUGAGGUCGUUACUGCUCUGUCUUCCAUGGCUCUGGAACCCUACAUGUUGGUCUGUGGUUUCACCCAUUAGCCAUUUGUAAACAAUGUGUUUGUAUACUAAAAAGGAACACCACCUGUCAUGGCUGAUGGUUGGUGGGGAAGCUCCUUUGACAUGGUGCAAUUUUGAUGAGAUGACGUUGGAGAUACGAGGAUGACCUAAUGACAUUGAUAUGUCAUGGUUGCAGCAUUUGAACUUGUGGUAUAAAAAAGAAAUCUGUAAAUCUAUAAUCUGGCAACAUUUUACAACCCUAUAUUUUAAAGAUGGCUUUCUAAUAAAAUCCAGAACCACACAGCCCUAUGGUCAAACACUCGUGACGUUUGUGCCUCUGCUUUUAAAGGUGCUGUGAUGGACAGUGGGCAUGCCAGACUUAGAGAGGAGGGGGUGGCUCGAAGUGCUUGCAGUUACCUGUGCAAAACCGACUGGCUGCCUCUGUUCCCAUUUUACUGUAAUUUGAUGGUGUCUGUUCCUGUUCCAUUCUCCAGGGAGCUUCUCUGCAGACUAACAACCCCCCUCUUCCCCCAAAAUAGUGGAGAUGCUGGUGUCUGAGUAGUCAUGGAUUUCUGUUGGACAUAUGAAUGUGAUAAACAAUCCAGCAUUACUCAGAAAAUACUACAUGUGGAAUGUGCACGUUUACAGGGGCGAGCAUUGUCAGUCAAGAGGCUUGCAAUGAUUUCCUUCCUGCCAAAAAUAAACACGUGAAACUGC